GUUUGCUUUUUACGCUGUGACCAAUCGAGUGUUUGUUUCGCCGGAAGGGCUGGAUCAAGCCCCAGCCGCCUCUGCAGCGCACGGGGCGCCGGGUCUGCGUCAUCGGGUCCGGGCCCGCGGGGCUGGCGGUGGCGCAGCAGCUGAACCGCGCAGGGCACCUGGUGGAGGUCAUCGAGAGGGCCGACCGCCCUGGGGGCCUUCUGAUGUACGGCAUCCCAUCCAUGAAGCUGGAUAAGAUUGAGAAAGUGCUGCGCCGCAUCACGCUCCUGAAGCAGGAGGGCAUCACCUUCAAGUGCAACACGGAGCUGGGCCGCGACAUCACGCUGGGCAGCCUUUGCAACCAGAACGAUGCGGUGAUCAUGGCCACCGGGGCCACGCAGUGGCGUGACAUGCGCUCGACGGAGAAUCGGCACCUGGGCAACAUCGUGCAGGCCAUGGACUUCCUCACAGCCACACAAAAAAAGAACCUUGACAAUGAGAUGGGCCUCAAGAAGACCGACCACUUCAACUUCGAUGUGCAGGACAAGCGUGUGGUGGUGAUCGGCGGUGGCGACACGGCAGUGGACUGCGUCGGCACUGCCAUCCGCCUCGGCGCCAAGUCGGUGCUGCAGUUCUCCCGCCGGGACGCCGCGCCCAUGGAGCGAUCCAAGCACACGCCCUGGCCCUGUUGGGCUGACACCUACCGGGCGGACUACGCGCACUCGGAGGGCCAGGCGGCCUUGGGCCGUGAUCCUCGGGAGUACAUGGUGCAGACCAAGGCAUUCCGUGCCUCCGCCAAGGACCCCAACGUGGUGGGGGCCGUUGUGGCUGCAAGGCUGACACCUUCUGGCAAGGA